AUUUAUUCUCUGCAUUAGCUAAAAGCACCUGGCAGAGCCCAGGGUCCUCACAGUAUUGCAGUUGCAGCUCAGCCUCUUCCACGUGCCUGCCUCAGCAGAUGGCCAGAGCUAGCACCCUAAACUUUGGCCGAGGUGCAGGACUCCAGCAGGAUGUUCACCUGCCUCUUGCCUCAAGAACUGCACACGUACACCCACAGAACAAGAAACUCAUGACUUUCUGCAACUGUGGAGUUUUCUGCACUGCAGGAGCUGUUCUGGAGUCACCACUGCAUUUGACAUUGUGGGCUAAAACUGUCACCUCUUCUCUAUAUGCUUACCCUGCAACAUUGCUUUCUUGGGGGCCAGGCUGAAAGUAACACUCUGUGAAAACACUUUGGGAACUUCCCUCUGGUUUUACCCAGAUGCUGCUCUUGUUGCCACGUUCUGGACACCAGAUACGUUAUCGGAGUUAACAGCCACCUUUGCUUCUGUUCCUGUCCUCCCCUGACUAAUUGCUGGAAAGAACUUAUCACAGAGGGAAAGUCUAAUGGAUUUUCUUUUCUAGCUGCCCACCAAGCUCUACAGUCAAAAGCCUUGACCCCAAAUUAAUGGUGUCAGGAGGGACAAGGGGCAACUGCCCCUUCCACUCUAAGGCACAUCUCCAGUAAGAAAGGGGCCUGUCAGCCAGGGACGCAGGAGGGAUGGAGAGAGCCCAGGCUGCGUGGGUACUGUCACCAGCUCGGUGGAGCCACGUUAGAUCUCUGAGCCAACAGACCUUGAUUUGUUUGGGACUGGGGAGUCUCCGUCGUGCUUUGAGCCCUAGAAGCUGCCUUGCUGCCCUGACGGAGCUCACUGCCUGGGACUUUGCCCGUCAAAGCUGUUCAUUUUCUGACGCUUGGUGGAUCUCCGAACCGCAGUUUGUUUGUGUUUAUCUGAGGUGACACAGCACUUUCCGCUGCCCUUUUCCUUGCUGAAUGGCUACAAUACCUGCCUCCUGCCACCUGUUUCUGCGAGUAUUUUUCACCGCGAUCUUUUCUGACGUCUUUAUUAAACAAAAGGGCCAGGCAUUUUCGCCUCCUGAGACAAAGGGAAGAGCUGUUUAUGCCGCUUAGCCUUGUUUCUGCCACUGCCCGCCGCGGCGGGCGCGGGCUCGCUGCUGGGUGUCCGUGGUUCCCCCCGCCUCACGGAGUGGUACAGCCCGUGGCGCUCGCGCCUGGCGUCACCAGGCGCCGCGCGCCCCGGUAGCGCUUGGCGGUAGCGGCCGGAAGCGGCGACGGGUUGUUUCUGGUCGGACCCGUCGGGUCUGCACGCGCCUCCCGCGGCCCCACCGACGAGCAGCUCAUGGCCUUCAACUUCGGGGCGACGGCGGGCGCCGGUACCGCCAACCCCACGGGAUUUGGUGGGCUUGAAACUACAAACUCCACUGCCAGUGGGUUUAAUUUUGGGGGUUUCGGAUUAACUGCUAAUCCUGCAGUGAAUUUUAAUAUUGGGAAUUUUGGUGUUUCCACUACCUCAACUCCACCAUUCAAUUUUGGUAACAGUCUGGCAAGUGCAGGAGCAUUUGGAGGAUUUGGGACAACUGCCACCACCGCGGGAUCUGCCUUUAGUUUUUCUGCUCCCACCAACACAGGCACCAGCGGGCUCUUUGGUGCUACCCAGAAUAAAGGCUUUGGAUUUGGUACUAGUUUUGGCACGGGAACUGGAACUGGCUUGGGUAGUGGGUUGGGAACUGGGCUGGGCUUUGGAGGCUUCGGUACCCAGCAGCAACAGACCACAUUAGGAAGUGGCUUGUUCAGCCAGCCUACUCAGACACCUGCCCAGUCAAACCAGCUCAUCAAUACAGCCAGUGCCCUCUCAGCUCCGACACUCUUAGGAGAUGAGAGAGAUGCUAUUUUGGCAAAAUGGAACCAGCUUCAGGCCUUCUGGGGAACAGGCAAAGGGUACUUCAACAACAACAUCGCUCCAGUGGAGUUCACACAGGAGAACCCCUUUUGCAGAUUUAAGGCUGUGGGUUACAGUUUAAUGCCCAACAACAAGGAUGAAGAUGGCCUCGUGGUCUUAGUCUUCAACAGAAAAGAAACAGAUAUUCGAAGCCAGCAGCAGCAGCUCGUAGAAUCACUACACAAAAUUCUGGGAGGAAACCAGACUCUGACUGUCAACGUAGAAGGUGUUAAAACGAUGCCAGAUGACCAGACAGAAGUGAUCAUUUAUGUUGUGGAGCGCUCACCCAAUGGCACUUCAAGGAGAGUUCCCGCCACAACCCUCUACGCCCACUUUGAACAAGCCAACAUAAAAUCCUCCCUGCAGCAGCUGGGGGUCAGCCUCUCCAUGGCCAGAACGGAGCUUUCCCCAGCACAAGUCAAACAGCUCCUGCAGAACCCUCCUGCAGGUGUGGAUCCUAUUAUAUGGGAACAAGCCAAAGUUGAUAAUCCUGAUCCUGACAAGCUUAUUCCAGUACCAAUGGUGGGUUUCAAGGAGCUGCUGAGAAGAUUGAAGGUCCAAGAUCAGAUGACCAAACAGCACCAGACUCGAUUAGAUAUAAUAUCAGAAGAUAUCAGUGAGCUGCAGAAAAACCAAACGACAACUAUGGCAAAAAUUGCACAGUACAAAAGGAAACUGAUGGCGCUUUCUCACAGAACAUUACAGGUGUUAAUAAAGCAGGAGAUCCAAAGGAAAAGUGGUUAUGCCAUUCAAGCAGACGAGGAGCAGCUUCGUGUUCAGUUAGAUACAAUUCAGUGUGAACUUAACGCACCUACACAGUUCAAGGGCAGACUGAACGAGCUCAUGUCUCAAAUCAGGAUGCAAAACCACUUUGGAGCAGUGCGGGCUGAAGAGCGUUAUUACAUAGAUGCGGACCUCUUAAGGGAAAUCAAGCAACAUCUGAAGCAGCAACAAGAAGGCCUGAGUCACCUCAUUAGCAUUAUAAAGGAUGACUUGGAGGACAUCAAACUCAUAGAACACGGGCUUAACGAGAGCAUUCCCAUCAGAGGAGGAGUCUUCAGUUGACAUGAAAAUGCUGCUGGGCUUGCACAGAAACUUGAGUUCAUGAUUCACCUUCCAAGGCUAAAACCUUUGAGGUAAAAUAAAACACCUGUCUUCUAGGAGCAAUGGUAUUUCAUCUGUUAUCUUUAGAAUUAGCAAAGCCUCUUCUAAGCUUUUGAACUUGACCUUUGGAAGGUUUAUAUUUUAUAAAGCUGUCUAUGCUUUAAUAAAAGAAGGAAAAGUGAAUCUGUUCAGAUACUGUUUUAGUACAAAACUAUAUGUACUAUUGUACAUUUUUUCUUUUUCCUUUUUUUACAACAGCAUUGUCCUAGAAAUGCAGUGCCGAGGAAAUUGUUCCACUUGUGACUUGAUUUGUGGAGGGCUUAGCCAGCUUCCAUGUUUUUGUCAAAACAAUCAAGUAACAUCAUUGUGUCAACAGCUAAUUUGAAUCGUUACAGAUAUGUAUGUUGCUGAAACUGUUGUUGGUCUCUUGCAAUACCAGUAGUUUACUGAGACAAGCUACAGCAAGUUGAUGUUUGCAGUUUCCGUCCUUCCUUUGGGCUGCAAGGAUCUGAAGGUUACGUUUUUAUCACUUUACGUAUAUGAAUUAUACAAAGCUUUGCUGCCCCUUAAAUAACAACAGAAUGUCUCGACGUUGUCUUCUGCCUUUUUUUAAUUGCCCGGGAGAAAUAAAUUCAGUCUGACUUUGUAAUAA